AUGCCAGUAGAACUCAAAUGCUCGCCUUCAAGUGGAUUAUGCUUUCAAAUAAAACUUUACAGGUACGAGUACAGAUGGGCUGAUGGGGUACAAAUCAAGAAACCAAUUGAAGUUUCAACUCCAAAAAAUGUUGAAUACUUGAUGAACUGGAUCGAAUCUCAAUUAGAUGAUGAAUCCAUAUUUCCUCAAAGGCUUGGUGCCCCCUUUCCUCCCAACUUCAAAGAAGUUGUGAAAACUAUAUUCAAACCCCUGUUCCGUGUUUAUUCUCAUAUUUAUCACUCUCAUUUCCAGAAGAUUGUAAGUCUUAAAGAGGAGGCCCAUCUAAAUACCUGCUUCAAGCAUUUCAUAUUGUUUACCUGUGAAUUUGGAUUGAUUGACAAGGAGGAGCUAGCUCCACUUCAAGAGCUUGUAGAAUCCAUUGUUGUCCCUUACUAAACCGGUGUGCACUUCCCGAUAGAAUCAACUAUCUAAGGGACACAAUAAGCUGAGGUAAUAAUUAAAAAAAAUUGAUAAUUAGUGAUUGACUAGAGAGUUUGUCUGAGAUGCUUGGUAAUUGAUAUUAUUAAUCCAGUGUACAAGUGCUCUAUGAUUUAAGUAUCUAUAAUCGUUUUCAUGCCAAAGUUCUUUCUUCCCAUGGAUCAGAAAAUGAAAAGCA